AUGCAAGAGCUGCUGCGCAGCGAACAGACGACGCGACUGGAUGAGCUGUUCCUGUCGCAGCCGGUUUGCACGGCCGUGCAGCUGGCCCUUGUCGAUACGCCGGCAUCAUGGAGCAUCAUUUCUUCGGCCGUGGUGGGCCACUCUAGCGGCGAGAUUGCGGCAGCCUACGCAGCUGGAGCGCUGGACUUUGCCGCUGCUAUCAAGAUCGCCUACUUCCGCGGCCUGGUCUCGGCGACAGUGCCGGAGCGCUGCGGCCGCAGAGGCGCCAUGCUGGCCGUCGGCCUGGGGCGGGCAGCGGCCGAAGAGCGCAUUCGUCAGAGCGUGGCGGCCGACGUCGGCACAGUCACGGUGGCGUGUGUCAACAGCCCGGCCAGCACGACGGUAUCGGGUGACGCUGAGGCAGUGCAGCAGCUGUGCACAAGCCUCCAGGCCGACGGCGUGUUUGCACGCAUCCUCAAGGUCGGCGUGGCCUACCACUCACACCACAUGCACGCCGUGGCCGACGAGUACCUGCGGCUGCUGCAGGGCUGCAUCGACCCUAAGCCGGCCCGGCCAGACGUGCACUUUUUCUCGUCCGUCACUGGCGGCCACAUGGCCGACACCACUGCUCUGACUGCGCAGUACUGGGUGCGAAACAUGGUCUCGCCCGUGCUCUUUGCCGAUGCGGCCGCGGCGCUCUGCACGGGGACGCUGCAGGGAAAGGCAACGACCCAGCGACGACGUCGAACUGCUGCUCGUGAUGGCGUCGAUAUUCUGGUAGAGAUUGGACCCCACGCCGCUCUCAGCGGCCCGCUCAAGCAAAUCCUGGCCGAGAAGAAGCAGCAGCAGAUCUACGGCCCAGUGCUGGUGCUCGGAAAGGAUGCCGUGAAUACCACGCUGGACCUGGUGAUCAUGCUCACAACAAGGGGCUACGAAGCCCAUUUGGAUGCGGUUAACUUCCCGCACGGCCGAGCAUCAUCGGUCAAGGUGCUGCAGGACCUGCCGCCGUAUGCAUGGAACCACACGACGGUGCACUGGGCAGAGUCGCGCAUCGGCAUGGGCUACCGGUUUCGCAAGUUCCCACGACACGACCUGGUGGGUGCGCCGGUGGGUGACUUCAACCCGACGGAGCCGCGGUGGCGCAACUUUAUCCGGCUGUCGGAGAACCCGUGGGUGGCCGACCAUCAGGUGGCACGCAGAAUCCUGUACCCAGCCGCGGGCAUGAUGGUCAUGGCCAUUGAGGCGAUGAGGCAGAUGCUGGUCAUUGGCGACGUGCAGACGGUCAUCGAGGGCUACGAGCUGCGCGACGUCAACAUUGGCAAGGCCCUGGUGGUGCCCGAGUCGGCUGAGGGCGUGGAGACGAUGCUGGUGAUGCGUCCGGUGACGGCGAGCGCACGCAGCUCCUCGGACCUGUGGCACGAGUUCCGCAUCUUCUCUGUGUCCAAGGUCGAGGGCUGGGUAGAGCACUCGCGCGGCCGCAUUGCCUACCGCUUCCGCCAGCCUCCUUCGGUCGUGGAUGGCGGCUGGGAAGCAGCACAACACGCGGCCGAUAUUGCUGAGGCAUACACGAUAUCUCGGGAAGCCUGUGUCAACAAAAUCGACGUCCAGGAUCUGUACGCGUCGCUGGACGCCAUCGGGCUCUCAUACGGCGAGACAUUCCGCAAUAUCACCAGCAUGGCCGGCGGGCCGGGUCGAUCGUUUGGCACCAUCAAGAUCGCCAACACACGCGACGCGAUGCCAUACCAGUUUGAGCACUCAUAUCUGAUCCACCCAGCAACUCUGGACUGCGCGCUGCAGGCCAUGUUCCCGGCCCUUGCGCCAGCCGGCACGACGGUCGAGACGGCCAUGGUGCCGACAUUUGUGCGCAGCAUGUUCAUCUCGAGCGAGAUCUCGAGCGAGCCCGGGCACGAGUAUGAGGCCUGGUCUGAGGCACGCUUCGAGGGCUUCAAGAGCACGACGGCCAGAGUCACGGUGGUCGACAGCCAUGACACCACAGCAGUGCGACCCAUCAUCGAGAUCAGCGGCAUGGAGUGUGCGAGCCUGGCAGACCAGUCGACCCCGACUGACGAUGACGGCCAGACACGGCCACCGAAGCUCUGCUUCAUCAUGGACUGGGAUGUGGACGUGAACCUGAUGACACAGGCAGACCUCGAGCGGCUUUCGCCCGUCCGGCCGGCUGACGAGCAGGACCGCAAGCAGAUCGUCACGCACGACAUGUAUCGCGACAGCAUGGGCAUCGAUCGUUGCUACGAGCACAUGGCGGCCUACAUGGACAAACUGGCGCACAAGUACCCGACGCUGCGCGUACUUGAGAUUGGUGCGGGCACAGGUGGUGCGACGUUGCCGAUGCUGCAGACGCUGGGAGGAAGAGGAAGCGGCCCGAGACGGAAGCACUACGGCCGGCUCAGCAGCUACGACUUUACCGACAUCUCAACCGGAUUUUUUGAGAAGGCGCGCGAGAACUUCAAGGACUGGGCCGGGCUGGUGCACUUCCGCAAACUCGACAUUGAGCAGCGGCCAGUCGAACAGGGCUUUGACGAGGGCACGUACGACGUCGUCGUGGCGGCCAACGUGCUGCACGCAACCCGGCAGAUGCGCGUCACGCUGGACCACGUGCGGCGGCUGCUGAAGCCAGACGGCAAGCUGGUCCUGAUGGAGAUCACCGAGCGCACGCUGCGCAUGACGCUGACGCUGGGCAACCUGCCAGGCUGGUGGUUGGGCGCAGCCGAGGGCCGUGUCGAAGGCCCGUCGUUCUUGCCCGACUAUCUCAACGUCAGCGACCGGUUCUACAGUGCCAUCACGGCGACGGCCGUCGAAGCUGUCGAGCACGCCCUUCCUCCCAUCCUCGUCGUUCCACCGACAGAGGCCAGCACGAGCCCGAUGACGACAGUUGACCGUGUCAUUGAAAGCAUCAGGGCCACGACGGUGUCUCGCGUCUCCCUGUCCCAGCUGGCGGCUGCCAAUGCGGCCGGCGCCCUGAUCGUCUUCCUCGCCGAGCUCGAGUCGCCGCUGCUGGCGACGGUGUCGGCAGCCGACUUUGACGCCAUCCGCGGGGCCAUUGGCGCGGCCAAGGGUAUCUUCUGGGUGGCCCGUGGCGGCACUGUCGAGGGGCACGUGCCCGAGGCAAACCUGAUUACAGGACUUUCCAGGACGAUCAGGGCCGAGAAGCAUGCUCUCAAAUUUGUCACAUUGGAUUUAGAUGGGGAGAGGAUGGUGGCGGAUGACAGUGAGAAGGACAACACCAACAUCGACCCAGGCCGGCCACUGAAGCUGGACAUUGGCGUGCCGGGACUGCUAGACAGUCUGCGGUUCAUCGACGACCCGAUGCACACACCAGCACAAGACGGCACAGAACCACCGCCACUAGGACAGGACGAGGUCGGCAUUGACAUCCGCGCAACGGGCGUCAACUUCAAGGACAUCAUGGUCUCGAUGGGACAACUGGUCGAAGACUUUCUCGGCUGGGAACACGCGGCAUGGUGGAUGACGGGCUGCAGUCGGCGGCGGAGGACGAGGGCGGGGCGAACCAGCUACAUUAUGCGCGACGCAAAGUCUCAGACCGGAUUCGUACUGGUCCAGUAUGCAUUCCUGCAGCCCCAUACGGCCGAGGAAGUGGACAUGGCUGCCAAGGCGCUAGUGUCGUCGGGGCAGAAGUUUGCCGUCCGCAGUGGUGGCCACACAGGCUGGGCUGGAUCCAAUAAUAUUGAGGGCGGCGUGACAAUGGACCUCGAGCAUCUCCACCGUGUGGAGUACGACGGGGCCAGUGAGACGGUGCACAUCGGCCCCCGCAGCCGGUGCACAUCGGCCCCCGCAGCCGGUGGCGCUAGGUGUACGCCGAGCUGGACCAGUACGGACGGGUGGUGGCUGGUGGACGCGAAGGAAACGUUGGCGUGGCGGGCUUCCUUCAUGGCCGGUCACGGCUUCGAGUGCGACAACGUGCUUGCGUAUGAGGUGGUGCUGGCUACGGGCGAAAUCAUGGCUGUUGGCCCAACUGGCCCCCAUGCUGAUCUGUUCCGUGCGCUCAAGGGCGGCUCCAACAACUUCGGCAUUGUCACAGACUUCAGCAUGAAGGCCAUUCCGUGCAGCAAAGUCUGGGGUGGCAUGGCCUUCCUACCCAAGACGGCUAUCCCCGGCGCUAUCGAGGCCUUGUCGGCCUUCACCGACAAUAUCCCCAACGACCCGGACAGCAACCUCUUAUAA